AUGAUCUCGCAUCUCCUGUUCCGACUUCCUGUCUGGUCCGAUCUGCUCUGUCCAGCUUUACAAAUGGCGCGCGCGGCUCGCGCCAAAAAUAGAGAGAAGCGGAGCGGCCAUGCUCCAGAGCGUGAGCCCUUCAGUGUGCGGCGCUUCUGCGCGUGA